GCGGCGCUGGGCUUCUCCGGAGGGUCGGCCGCAAGGACCUGCAGCAGCAGCAGAGAGAGCGGGUGAGACAGAGGGAGAGCGAGAGGGGGAAGGAGGAUCACCAGCCAUCCGCCACUACCUGACAGUUAAAGCCUCCGCUCUCGGCGGCUCAUCGAUAUUAACAUCCUGUCUCCUUGGGAAAGAAAAAAAAAUAUACACGUUGCUAUCUUCAACCCAUCAGCAACCAUACUGAGCUUAAAUAUAUAUACAUAUUUAACUGUUAAUAGGCAAAGCGGUUGAAGCUGAUCCCUGGGUAGAAUGAACAGCAUGAACCAGAUAGAAACAAACAUGCAGUACACCUACAACUAUGAAGAAGAUGAGUACAUGACCCAAGAGGAAGAAUGGGACAGGGACCUGCUCCUGGACCCAGCAUGGGAGAAACAGCAAAGGAAGACGUUUACAGCUUGGUGCAAUUCCCACCUCAGGAAAGCAGGCACACAGAUUGAGAACAUUGAGGAGGACUUCAGAAAUGGCCUCAAACUGAUGCUGCUCUUGGAAGUUAUUUCAGGGGAAAGGCUACCGAAACCAGACAGAGGGAAAAUGCGCUUCCAUAAAAUUGCUAAUGUCAACAAAGCUCUGGAUUACAUCGCCAGCAAAGGAGUGAAACUUGUGUCCAUUGGUGCAGAAGAAAUUGUUGACGGCAAUGUGAAAAUGACACUGGGUAUGAUCUGGACCAUCAUCCUUCGUUUUGCCAUUCAAGAUAUUUCAGUGGAAGAGACCUCUGCCAAAGAAGGGCUGCUGCUGUGGUGUCAAAGAAAAACUGCUCCUUACAGAAAUGUGAACAUUCAGAACUUCCAUCUCAGCUGGAAAGAUGGCCUUGGAUUAUGUGCACUUAUCCACAGACACCGACCUGAUCUUAUUGACUACUCCAAGCUAAAUAAGGAUGACCCCAUAGGAAAUAUCAACCUUGCAAUGGAAAUUGCUGAAAAACAUUUGGAUAUCCCUAAGAUGUUGGAUGCAGAAGAUAUUGUGAACACUCCCAAACCUGAUGAGAGAGCUAUCAUGACAUAUGUGUCCUGCUUCUACCAUGCUUUUGCUGGAGCAGAGCAGGCUGAGACUGCAGCAAACCGGAUCUGUAAGGUGCUUGCUGUGAAUCAAGAAAAUGAGAGGUUGAUGGAAGAGUAUGAGAGACUUGCAAGUGAGCUUUUAGAAUGGAUUCGCAGGACAAUUCCUUGGCUGGAAAACAGGACCCCAGAAAAAACAAUGCAGGCCAUGCAGAAGAAAUUAGAGGAUUUCCGGGACUACCGCCGCAAACACAAACCUCCCAAAGUUCAAGAGAAAUGUCAGCUGGAGAUCAAUUUUAACACCCUGCAGACAAAACUGAGAAUCAGCAAUCGACCAGCUUUCAUGCCGUCGGAGGGAAAAAUGGUUUCAGAUAUUGCUGGCGCUUGGCAGAGACUUGAACAAGCUGAGAAAGGCUAUGAAGAGUGGCUGCUGAAUGAAAUACGAAGACUGGAAAGGCUUGAACAUUUGGCUGAGAAAUUUAGACAGAAGGCUUCCACUCACGAGCAGUGGGCAUAUGGCAAAGAGCAGAUCUUACUUCAGAAGGAUUAUGAAUCUGCAUCUCUGACAGAAGUCCGUGCCAUGUUAAGGAAACAUGAGGCUUUUGAGAGCGAUUUGGCUGCUCACCAGGACAGGGUGGAACAGAUCGCUGCCAUUGCCCAGGAGCUGAAUGAACUGGACUAUCACGAUGCUGCAAGUGUCAAUGAUCGAUGCCAAAAGAUAUGUGACCAAUGGGACAGCUUGGGAACACUUACUCAAAAAAGGAGAGAGGCACUGGAGAGGACGGAGAAAUUGCUUGAAACGAUUGAUCAGCUUCACCUGGAGUUUGCCAAAAGAGCUGCUCCUUUCAACAACUGGAUGGAAGGUGCUAUGGAAGACCUACAGGACAUGUUUAUUGUUCACAGCAUAGAGGAAAUUCAGAGUUUAAUCUCUGCACAUGAUCAAUUUAAAGCUACUUUGCCAGAGGCAGACGGUGAAAGACAGGCCAUAUUGUCAAUCCAGAAUGAAGUUGAAAAAGUUAUUCAGAGUUACAGCAUGAGAAUAAGUGCAAGCAAUCCUUACAGCACUGUUACUGUGGAAGAGAUUCGUACCAAGUGGGAAAAGGUGAAACAGCUGGUACCUCAGAGGGAUCAAUCCUUGCAGGAAGAACUAGCCCGCCAGCAUGCCAAUGAGCGCCUGCGUCGCCAGUUUGCUGCUCAGGCCAACGUCAUUGGGCCAUGGAUCCAGACCAAGAUGGAAGAAAUUGCCCGCAGCUCUAUUGAAAUGACAGGGCCUUUGGAGGACCAGAUGAAUCAGCUGAAGCAAUAUGAGCAAAAUAUCAUUAACUAUAAACACAACAUUGAUAAACUGGAAGGAGAUCAUCAGCUUAUACAAGAAGCCUUGGUGUUUGACAACAAACACACCAACUAUACUAUGGAGCAUAUCCGUGUUGGAUGGGAGCUCCUACUUACUACCAUUGCUCGAACUAUCAAUGAGGUUGAGACUCAGAUCCUCACAAGAGAUGCCAAGGGUAUCACCCAGGAGCAAAUGAAUGAUUUCAGAGCAUCGUUCAAUCACUUCGACAGGGAUGAAUCUGACAAUCUGCAUUCUGAUGAAUUUAAAGCCUGCCUCAUCAGUCUAGGACAGGUUGGAAAUGACCUGCAGAGGAAGAAUGGACUGAUGGACCAUGAUGAUUUCAGAGCUUGCUUGAUUUCAAUGGGUUAUGAUUUGGGCGAAGCUGAGUUUGCUAGAAUCAUGUCUCUGGUUGACCCCAAUGGACAAGGAACCGUCACUUUCCAGUCCUUCAUUGACUUCAUGACCAGAGAAACAGCAGAUACGGACACGGCUGAGCAAGUGAUAGCUUCCUUCAGAAUCCUGGCUUCAGAUAAGCCUUAUAUCCUGGCAGAUGAGUUGCGUCGAGAGCUGCCUCCUGAGCAGGCUCAGUACUGCAUCAAGAGAAUGCCACAGUACACGGGCCCAGGUUCUGUUCCUGGAGCUCUGGAUUACACCUCUUUUUCAUCAGCACUGUAUGGAGAGAGCGAUCUCUAAUUCUAUAAUUGGCUAUAUUCACAGUAGACACAACAAAUACCACACCUGAUUGCCCAGAUUGCUUCUCAAAAGGUUUGACAAGCUGAUUAAAAAAAGGAGUUUUAUAAUGCAGUAGGUACCUUCAUUGUAAAGUUCUAUUACUAAAGUAACUAGUGUAUGUUAAUGUGUGCAGCACGCUAGAUUUCUGCAAUGUUGGUUUUAGGUUGUCUGUCCUAUACAAUGCCAGAAAAUAUUUAAAGAAAAAGAAAAAAAAAAUAAUGCAAGUUAUUAACUUUGGAAAUAUCUAUUAUGAAAAUAAAAUGCAAGUCCUAAGAACAUUGAAACUACUGAUUGUUAAGAUUCACAAAAUAUUUAUCCAUUUUUCAGAAUGUUUCAAUGCCACAUAUGCUUCUUUUAACAAUGUUCAUAAAACUAUGUUAAAAUCACGCAUUUUACUUUCAUGAAGCAAUGUUAUUUUCCUCUCAUGUUUUCUGAUUUUACAUGCUUCUGCUGGUGAAAUUUAGUAAAAUGGUAAAAUGAAGUUUUUCAGGAGAGAAAUAUAUCAAACAAGUAACUACUUAGUUACUGAAACAAUUAAGAAUGCUAUGUUUUUGUCUCCUAAAGACAGUUUUAUAUUCUCACAAAUAAUUGUAAAAUAGGUUAAAAAAAAAAAAAAAAAAGGCCUGAAAAGCUGAUUAAAAUUGCAGGUUUAGAGUUAUGUAAGCAGUGCUUUUCUCUUAAGCCUUUAACUUUUACAAGCUGAGAGAUUAUACUUUUAUAAUCAGAAAUAAUAGGGAACCUAAUUUUAUGUAAGUUGUUUUGUUUUGAAACCCUCAUUCUUGUCUGUGUUGGACAGUCUUUGUUUCUUGGUAUAAGAAAGCCAGUCCCAUGCUGUGUUAGUGGGCAACAUUCAUCUCCAUUCUGCAUAAUGCAAAAUCCCAUCUUAGCAAAUGUAUUGUGGUUGUCUUAUAGCUUUAACUGUUCAUUGCUCAACUUACAGUUUGUCUUGAUUUCUACUGGUUCACAGGCAGUUCAGUCUGUAUUAUUGUCUUGACUUCUGCUGGUUCACAGGCAGUUCAGUCUGUAUUAUGUUCCUGUGCACUAGUAAUUCUACUGUUUUUUUCCAUCUUGAGAAAUUAUUAAAAAAAAAGCAGUAACUUUUUUACUUGAAUCCUACUGUCACUGAGGAAAUGCAAUGUAAUCUAACGAAAAACCAUUUAUAAAUGGUGAAAUGAAUUGUGCAGCCCAGUGCUAUUAAAGCAAUGAUGUGCCUAUUAAAUAAAGUCUGCUUUUCAAAACCUUA